ACCGUUGAAAUGACACCGUGGGAAAGCUGCGCGCUUCAAACGCAGCGGGCGAACCUGAGCGAACCGAAACAGCGCCGAGAUGAAACGGAGCCACGACUUUAGCAGCUCAGACAGCGAGCUGGACGAGACUGUGGAGGUGGAGAAAGAGAGCGCAGACGAGAAUGGGAAUCUGAGCUCUCCUCUCGGCUCUGUAUCUCCCGCCACAUCAACUCAGGUGCAGGCACGAAAGAGGCGCCGAGGGAUUAUCGAGAAACGGCGCCGUGACCGAAUUAACAACAGCCUGAGUGAACUCCGCAGGCUGGUUCCCAGCGCCUACGAGAAACAGGGUUCUGCCAAACUGGAGAAAGCAGAGAUUUUGCAGAUGACCGUAGAUCACCUGAAGAUGCUCCACGCUGCUGGAGGCAAAGGUUACUUUGAUGCCCACGCCCUGGCGAUGGACUACCGUGGUUUGGGUUUCAGGGAGUGCCUGGCUGAGACGGCCCGUUAUCUGAGUAUAAUUGAAGGCCUUGACAACACAGACCCACUGCGCAUCCGUCUGGUCUCCCACCUGAACAACUACGCCAGUCAGCGAGAGGCUCACUCAGGCCUGACACACCUGGCAUGGGGCUCUGCUUUUGGAUCUCCUCCAGCCCACCUGGCGCAUCCUUUGCUUCUCCAGCACCAACAAGGGGCGCCAUUGGCACCUGUUCCUCGCAGUACCACCAGCAGCCCACAAAGCCCUCCAACAUCGACUUCUUCCUCUUCAUCGUCCUCAUCGGCCGCAGAGACACACGUCCCAGGCAGGCACAGCAGCACCAACACUGCUCACUCAGAUCAGGGGGCGAUCCGGGUCCCGCCUGUAACUGCCACUCCAACCACCGUCCUUCAUCCCGCCUUGGUCCCCUCAUCGGCAUCCAAGCUCCCCUCUCCUCUCUUGUCCGUGCUCCCAGGCUUCCCUUUCCCCUUUAGCGCUUUCCCCAUCAUCUCCUCUACCAGUGCCAUCAGCCCCCCUGCGCCCGCCCCCAGUGUGGGGAAGCCCUACAGACCAUGGGGUUUGGAAAUAGGUGCCUUCUGACAGCAACCCUCAAGAAAACAGACUGAUCUCACUGCCCAGCUGAGCUGGACUUUCAAGGACAAGACUUUUGACUUUCCCUUCUAAGAAAGUGUUUUUUUUUUUUUUUUUUUUAAUGAUGGGGAUAUGUCUAACUGUGUAAUUUUUAUUCGAUGUGUACAGUCUUGUGUUCAUAUAGAAGAAAAAAGAGGAUGUGCAUUCAAAUAACUUAAAAAUUUAAGGCAAUCAAUUGCAGCCCUUUUUGAGUUGACUCAAUUUACGGGUGUUAGUUCGGCCAACUUACUGUAGGCUCAUAAAUUUCAAAGUGAUGUGUUGGGUUACGUGAUUACCAUAUAUGUCGACAAAAAUCAAAAAUCUGGCGUGGAUUCAAAAACAACCUCGAGUUCAGCGUCAUGCUCAAGGGAACUUUGGCGUACAGGUGUAGGGAUUGAGCCAACAACCUUUAUGUUCAUCUUUAAACAGCCACCAUGUGAAAGAGCUCGAACAUAUAACUGUUGAUUUUGUUUUACUUUAAGAAUUCUCAUGUGGGUGGAGCCUAACCUGGCAUACAAUGACAUUAUUAACUAGAAUGUUAUUGCCAGGUUUGACAAGACAAAGCGCCACCUAUGGGCAGAGCAUCAUGGGAGGUUGUCUAUUGGAAACCUGGAAUUUGAUGACCCAAUAUGUGUUUACUCUAUACGGAAAAAAUAAACAACUCACAACUACCAUUCCAGCAAAUUAUUUAAACUUAUUUUCAUAGCUUUUUAAUAAAUUCCAUGAUGUUUUUCUCUGUUGCUUCCACACAUCACGUGUUUAGUCUCGCCGCUGUCUUUGCAACACACAAGUCAGGCCAUCGAUAUCAACACCGGAAGUGCCUCUCACGAGCGACUGCUAGCGACACACUGUAUCGUGACACUGCUCCAUUAUUUAACUGAAUUACCGAACAAUGAGUCUAACCAACUCAAAUAAGACAAGUUUAAGCAAGAUGCAGUUAUUUAGUGUUGUUAGUUUUAGCGGUGGAGUGAGUUGUCCAUAAACCAGGAGGUUGGCUGCUCAAAUCCCAAUAUGAUUUAAAAAUCAUAGUAGUUUGUGUGCACAAAGGUUUAAAAAUAAUCAGCGUAGUGAAUUUUCCCCCAACAAACACCAUUUAAUUAAGUAAAGUGAAUUUAAGAUGGUAAGUUGCUGUGAAUUGGAAAUUGUUAGCUGAGCUUGAUGAAUGUUAUUCAUCUGAAAAAAAAAAUAACAUUGCCUUAAAUAUCUAAGUUGUUUUUUUUUUUUAUUAUUAUUAUUUUUUUAAACCAUCCCCUAUAAACAACAACAAAAAGCAACAGUGAUUUAUUGUGUUGAUUUAUUUCUGUUCCCGCUCGGCCCUUUAGACGUCUCCACCCAAUCGGGAAUGGAUUUUCCAGAUUGUCAAUCAGCUACCAGUCAAGCUCCCGGAAGAUCAUGUCCCUCUUUGUUUCCAACACACUGAAAGGUUGGCUUUUGGUGGGUCAGACCAGUCCUGUUUUACGUGUUAUGGGGCAGAACAACAGAAACCAGGUGUUUGUUCGAGUUGUCUGAGAAGAAGUGAUCUUACACUCUGCAUCCUUCAUGCUGACGUUUGCAGUGCGCAUUUUAACCGCCGACAGAUUUGCUUUCACCUUCUUGUAGUCAAAGAAACGCAACUGUCACAGUGAAACAAGGCGUCCCAUCUCAUUUGUUACUGAAACAUUAGAAAGUCUUAGUGCACGUUCCGGUCUGCACCUGUUUGUUUGGCGUCUGUUGCUAACCUCUGGCUGCACAGCGUACUGACACAUUGCUUUUUGCAGUUGUUCCUGGUGGUAAAGGCGACUUCCCUGUAAUAAAGGAGUUCUGAUCAAUCA